GAAUUUAAACCCACAAAAGGGUUAAUGAGAAUUAAAUAUUUCGAGUCUCGAAACGACGCUAAACGCUGUCAAAAUCAGCUGUUCACCAGCUGCCUUAAAAACACAAGAAAACAGCAAUAAAAAAAGAAUAUUCAACAGAAGACGUCAAAUUAGUGCACACGUGCGAAUUCAGUUGCACACUUUUUUAUAUUUCUUUAAAUUAAGUGAAAAACAGUAAAUUUUAAAUACCGCUGUACGAUUAGUGCAAUCAAUAAAAAAUCAGUCGUAAAUUUCACAUAAAAAUUACCAAAAAAUGGCCAUAGAGGCGAAGAAUAGAAGAAAACGUAAACAUCAAAGCACGCAAUCAGUUGGCGAUGAGGCUCCGGACGACGGUGAAGUUGCAGUGCCUAAAAAAAUUGCUAAAAAAGUGAAACAGCCCAAGGAGGAUAAAAAGAAAAAGAAGAAACCACAGAAUGCCGUUAAGGUACCGGAGUAUGUUGAGGAAAAUGAAUUGGCAAAAGACGCAGCUGAUAAGCACGAUGAUGAUGAGGAAGAAGAAGAACUGGAUGAUACAGAAAGUGCCAAACAAGUGGAUGCAUUGCAAGAACAUGAUUCCGGUUAUGAGGAGAAGGAAAUAAAGUUUUCAAAAGACUUUAAAAUGCUGCACUUUCGCACAAAAUUGCGCAGUAAUAAUUUUAUAACAGAACUUCGCCAUUUCCUGCACAUCGUACAAACACGCCCCAAAUUGGUGGCCAAGUAUAUUGAGAAACGCGGCAAACCGCUCGAAUUGGCUGAAGCGCUGGAACGCGUCGAUAAGACCAAUAUACUACAUGUCGGCUACCUCUGUCAGGCAUUGCAAUUAGUAUUGAUGGAAAUUGUUUCCAAUCAAAAAGAUCACAUGGAAUCAGCUGUUUAUGCUUCACGCUACUUUCUAAAAUCACAUGGCAACGUAAUCGAUGAACUGCUAAAAUCCGCACAUCUGCAACAUCGACGCACAGCUCUCAAACUGCUAACCGCCAUCGUGUGUGUUGACCCACAAUUAGGGCGUCAACUGCUCGCGUCGUAUGAUGUAUUGUCCAAUGUAAGAACUAUUGAAAAUAUGCUUUCACAUUCGCCAAAAGAGUUGAAAGAAACAGAAACAGUACGUAAAUGUUUCAUACACUUUGUGCUCGCCUAUCUGAUUGACGGUAAUACGCUGCUCAUACGUAACAUACUCGAUCGUGGCGCAUUAAUACGCGCACUAGCUUCUGGCCUACAGUAUGAUGAUCAUGUCACAGUUUGUGUCGUCAUGAGCACGUUGCGCAAAUAUGUGCUGGAAUGUGUGGAAAUUUCGAAAACUAAGAAAAUCCAUGUGUUUGAUUUUGAUUGUUGUAAACACUUUUUACGUCUCUAUGAUUGGUUGGGUCCACAAGUGUACGCCACCAAAUGUGCAGGCAAACAAGGACAAUAUACUCAUUUACCGAGAGACGAGCUGGAGCGUUUGGUUAAUGAGGAAGAGCGUGAUGCAGUGGCAAAGGUAGUGCAUGAAUUUAUGCUAUUGCUGUUAACAUCGCGAAAAUAUGGCAUAUGCUUCGAUGCGGUAACAAAUUACAGACAAAAACAUAAUGCCAUACAAGGUAAACUGCUCGGUCUGCUCUUUAAGCCUUGGUGUAAUGAACGCAAAACAGAAUUGGUUAUACGCGUGCUCAAUGCCUGCCCUGAUCUAGCGCGACAUACUGUACGCAAUUUUGCUGGUAUUAUAAAUCCCAUGCGUACUGCAAGUCGUGAUUGGCCGCUGGCAUGUGAAUUUCUCACCAAAAUAAUCAACACUUUGCAACCAAGAUUGUUACGUGCUGCUUUGGAUAAAAUCACGCUCACUGAUUGUACUUACCUCAUCAAAGAUGUUUGUUUGCCCAUUGAAACGCUGGCGCUAUUGACGGGCGCUAAAAUUGUUGGUCACAAAAAUUUUGAUUAUCGUCUAGCGGGCAACCGUUUGCUCUAUGCCAUGUUCUCGCAAUAUUCGGCCUACAUGAGAGCGAUAACGAAACGUGAGGAGGCGCGUGGAAAUUUGAAUUCCUUACGUCGCUUUCGUUUGGACAUUUUAAAUCAUAUUCUAGUGAAUUUCCCCACUGUAGAGGAUAUACUUGUCUCACUUUAUUAUUCUAUAAAAGAUCGCAACACCGUGGAGGUGAAGGUGUUGGACCAUUUGGAUGUGACAUUGGACUUGUUAUUGGUGAUUUGGAAGGAGCAUCGUUCUUUCGUCAAUAAAACUGGCACGAUUUUAGAUUAUUUGGAUUUGCUGCGUCCGCUUUAUGCUGGCGAUGAGUCAGGUGAUAUUGGUGCAGCAACGAGUAAUAUUAAAUUGGAGUUGAAGGCGAUUAAAAUCAUAUUGUUGUUGCUGCCAAAAGCUUUGGAGCCAACUGAACAACUAUUUAGUAGCGUUUUGAAGUCUUUCAUUAAAGCUUUCAUGUAUGGCACAGGUGAGGUACGGCUUGAGGCCGGGCAUUUGCUACGUAAAAUGUUUUUGAAUACCGGUCUUUUUGAUGGCGGCGUUUGGGAGGUGGAUUUGUGGUUGGAAGCAUUACGUUUCUUUGACGCGGAAACUGUGGAUGUGGUGACGCAAGUCUUCAUAGCAGCGCUGCAAGUGACGAAAGUCGAUGUAGAGAUGCCAAAAACAACGGAAACUCUAUUGAAUGAACAAAAUUUGCAAAAACUCUUUGCGAACAUUGAAAGCGGGCUCUCUGUGCAGGCUUAUGUGGAGAGUGUUUCUAUAAGCAAGCUGAUGCCUCUCAUUUUUAAGGGUGUAGAAAUCAUUAAGCCACUAGAUAAAUACCUGGAAACUGUUUGUCUACUGCUCUACCAUUAUUAUCCAAACCCCGAGCAGGUGCUUCAACUGUAUAAACGCGAAUUUAAAAUGCUUGAAAAUUAUAUGCAGAGCUGGUUGGCGUCAAGCGCUGAAGAAGUAUCGCUGGCCAGCGUUCAGCUGCCAGCAGAAUUGACAACAUUAGCACAACUACACGACGCAAUGGUUCAGGGCGAUGUAAAAUUAGCGAAAAUGUUUGCUAAAACCAAAAGCAAAACCGAGGUACUUGAGGUGACACUACGCGGUGAGGAGAUUGCUUUAAGCGCUGAGCUGAAACGCGAGCGCUUGCUGAUGAUCUAUAUGCAACAGGCGCUCUUCGUGGUAGCACAGUUGGUGGAGAAGCAACGUUUGACAAACAAACAAGCUGAGGCGGCUGCUAAUUUCCUAGGCGACUGCAUUGAAGUCUUAAGCGCGUUGUACGCAGAAGAACGUGCUGAUAACGGCGCUGUAUGUGAUGAUCGGGACUACAAUUUCCUAGACGAUCUAUUUAAAUACAUAUUUAACUUGCGUUUAACGCGCAUACAAAGCACGGAGUUGUUUAGCGCCAACAAUGCAACGCAGCUGAGUUAUCUCUACUUUCUGCGUUUGCUGGCGGAGCGUUGCAAUGGGCACGCCUAUUUUGCAACGCAUGCAACGAAUUGUCGCCUAAAGGUAAUUAAAGCCAUUGCCAUUUCUAUACAAGCGGCAGCGGAUACUAAAGCGGCAAGCGAGCAGUUAGUGGAUGCCGUGCGCCUACUACGCGCCCUUCAGCUAAACACGUCCGAGUGCAUUGAAGUGCUUGACUUGCUCGUCGCACAACUGAAGUGCGCUGACUUCGUGCUGACAGAAACGCAACAGAAGAGCAUCUACUAUGAGUUGUUGGUUUGCGCGCUGCAGCGUUUGGCGUCGUUGCGGGAGGCGGUGCAAUUCGAUAAUUUGAUACGCAAAUUUGCCAAACUCUAUGUCAGCUUGGUGAAAAUGUACGGCACAGAGAUGAGCUUCGAGCAGCUGGAGGAAGUGCUACACGAUUUUCUCAUUUGUUCACAUCAGUAUAUACCGCAGUUGGGUGUUAAAUUCUUUGGCGCCUUCUUCGUUGAGCGUCGCCUCACCAAACCCACUAUCAAAUUGGCCUGCUUAUUGCUCGAACGCGAUACUCAACUGGAAGCGGAAUUUGUACAACUGCUGCCGGCGCAUAUCAACAAAAAGGAACUCAUCUAUCCACUCCUAGAUAUUGCGUUCCGCAAGCGUGUGGCGCUAAACGCGUCGCUCUUGCAAAGCGUUUAUCACGCGUUCAAAAGCGGUUUCAUGAAAACUAUUGAGAAACCGCAAAAAGCGGGCGUUAUCUACAAGGAGCAUGCAGGCACAUCCAUUGCGCUGAUUGAACACUGCAUGCCACGUUCGGAGUGUGUUGAUUUUUGCAAUAAAACAUUCAAAUUCGACGGCUUGGAAGUGUAUCAGUUGCGCGUUAUACAUGCGAUUUAUAGAAAAGCUUUCGGCAACGCCGAGGAGGUCGGCAGCAGCAAGCAACAGCGGGAGAUCAUAUUUGUGAACUUCAUUAAUCUGCAAAUACAACUGCUGAGUAUUGAGUUGAAGAAACAGCAAGUAGAUGCGGAAAAGCUGGAAUUAAGCGCUUACCUGCUGCAGAACUGGUGGCAACUGUUGUUGAGCGAAGAGAGCGUCAGAGCGCCUGUGAUACCAUCCAAGAAAGGUGCAAGCAAAAAGAAGGCUGCAGCAGAGGAAGAGCUGGAGGAGGAUAGCGCGACGCAAGUAGCGGAGGCAAAUGUGCCUGACAGUCUCAAUCCCGAUUUCACAAAGCUCUUGAAAAAUCAACAAUGGCUUAAUUUUUGUAAGCUCAGCCUGAAGCUCGGCAUGCAAUAUGUCGCAGGCGAUGACGCCGCACUAACACAGUUCGAUGCUACAUAUGCGUUACUGCUACAACUACUCGCUUACCUCUGCCAGCAGUUGUACGUCGACUAUUCAACGGCAGAGGAUGCUGCACAACCUUUAGCAGAGCCUGCGCAACUCUUCGAUAUGAUUUGUACGCAUUCCAAAUUCUUCGAUAUAGUCUUAUCGCCACGCGAAACACAAGUGAAAACGCAAGUACUCCAUCUACUCUACACGCUGGCGUCGAAAAAUCCCGCUGCACUUAGCGACACGCAAAUACCCAUCAUUUUGGGCGCCUAUCAAGCGAAACUCUCCGACGCUGAUCGUUAUGCUCUGGCGCUCUUGCAACUCUAUGAAAUACACGAUUGCGGCUUGCAAAAAUAUCGUCCUUUCAUUUGGGGCGAAAGCGCUAUUGCAUUUUAUGCACUGCGCGCCGCUGAUGAAGAGCGCGCCAAGUUGACACAACAAGAGACCUCCAUAGCGCAGGUGAUGUCACUCAUUGAUCGCCAUUUAUGUGAGUACACAAUUGAUAAUUUUCCCAUUUGGCGCAAGCUGAAUAGCGCAGCGCAAUUGCCCGCUAUCGAUUUCCGUGAUCCUUCACAAAAAGCUUUAGACUUUGGCAGUAAUGAGCUCGAGCGUCGCAUUGAACGCGGUUUCGCAAAAUUCGAGGAAGCCGAGCUGCGUUUAUGCCCGACGCGUGCACGUGUAUACGCGCAGUGUUAUGAUCCCGCAUUUUUCGUGCCGCUAAUGAAUAUGUGUUUUGCCCCCGAAGCGUACUCACAUCCAGCGCGUCCCGUACAAAAUGGUCUUUUGUCGGUGGUAUUUGCUGCACUCUCUUCGCAGGAUCGCGAUAUGCGCUUAGCGGCGGGCUGUGUACAGUUACGUUAUCGCGCACAUUUCGAAGCGAAUAAGUUUUUCGAGCGGCCAUUGUGGCUGCAGGCAUAUGACAAUAUACAAUCAGGUCUCAGCGAUCUGCGCGAUGCGUGGGUGAAGCAUAAGAGGAAUAGCGGCACACCACGGGUGCCAUACAUUUCGGGUCUCUUCGUGGCGAAAACUUUUAAUUUGACAACUGAUCCGACACAUUUGCUCUACAAACAGCUCACCAUGUAUUUGCGGUUGAAGAACAGCUUUAAUUUCCAAUGUGUGCCAGAGUUCAAUGUGCUCUUCUACUCGCCUGAAAUUGAGCAUCAGCAGUUCCGUCAAUUUAUUGUCGAAGUAAUACGUAAUGGCAUAAAAUCAGGCUCGGAUCUCUUUCUGCUCGUCACCACUAACACUUUCAAGGUUCUGCAGGGUUUCUACGGCAGCGCCAUGUCUACACUGGACAUGAACCUGCUUAUACUCUCCGUUUUUUCGACUUGCGCCAAAAUUCCCGCCUCCUCGAAAAUCAUGAUCGACCAUGUCGGCCUGCUACCUUGGCUUAGUUCCGUCAUCAGCACAAUUGAGUUCUACCAUUUCGACAUUAUCGAGGGUCUCAUCAGCAUCAUAAGUAAUCUUUGGUAUUCUGUUAAAGCCUUUGCCCAUGAGUUUCACAAUCUUGCACAUAUUUCACUUGAAAUGCAUCAGCUGGUCUUGCGAUUGCUACCCCACCUCUCCGCGCGCAUUUCACCACAUAACUUUGCACGCCUCAUGAAUGUUCUGCAAAAGACUUCUUGCGGUCAACAUCAUGCCAUGUCUGACACGCAGCUCUCGAAUUUGAUAGAAUGUGCUGGCAAGCAUUUUCCGUCACUGGUGCAGAAUAUCGAGGGCAUUAAGACGUUUGGUGGCGCUGGUGCAGCUACCCAUGAGGAAUAUUGCCGUUCAGUACACGCGGCAGCUGAUGAGUCUGUGGAUGCUUCUGUCGUCAUGGCUCUAUCGAGCCUGCGCGCCUACACCAUAGAUUGGUGGCAGAGCCGCCAUGCUCUGGAACCAAUAAGUGCAGAGUCGUCAUCUGCUGAUGCAAAUAAAACGUUGGCUGAAUAAGCGCCCUCCUGUGUAGAUGAAUUAAUAUUGUUUAGCCUUAGGUGACUUUUAGAGUUAAGAUUUUAUUUCAAUUUAUUCAUUAUAAUUGUAUUUCUUUCUUGUAACAGGCGAUUGUUGUAAUGGAAAGUGUUUAAAAAAUGGAUUGUUUACGAGUAUGUAUUUUUUGUAAGCUUUUUAAAUGCCGAAAUAAAUUUGUUGUACA